AUGAAUGGAGCUAAUCUAUCGGGUGCUAUAGAUGUUAUUGUUGUUGAGUUACCCAAUGGAGAUUUAGUCAGUACUCCUUUCCACGUUAGAUUUGGAAAAUAUGGAGUUUUUUAUAGUGGUGAUAAGGUUAUUGAUAUAAAAAUAAAUGGUCAGGAUAUUGUAAAUUUAGAAAUGAAAUUAACUGAUAGUGGUGUUGGGUAUUUUGUCACUCAAGAUGAUGAAUAUAGUAAUCUUAUGACAGAAAAAAAUGAGAAUAGUGAUAAGGAUAAUGAAAAAAUUAUUGAAAAUAACGAGGAUAAUUCUAAUCCAUAUAAUAAUAAUAAUAAACAAUGUCAAGAUAUUAAAGAUGAUAAAAUUCAAGAUAAUAAUAUUUCUAUUGUUGUUACUGAGUCACCAGAAAAUAAUGAUAAUUCUAAAAUUGUUGAUAAUAAGACAAAAUUUCUUAAAUCUCUUCCAUUUAACAAUAGUAUUUUUUCAAUGAGGAAAAAUAGAUCAUUACCAGAUUUAACUAGUUUGUCCAAUUUAUCUAAAGAACAAGAUUUUAAUCAACAUAAUGUUCAAAAUAAUAUUAUAGAUUUUUCUAAUUAUAAAACAUCAAGAUUUGAUGAUAUGAUUGAUUCUGGUGGUUUAAGUGAGGCUGAUGUAGAUAAUUUGGAUGAUAAAGAUUUUCUUUCUAUUAGAAAUAAUGGAAAUAAAUCUGGGAAAUUUAGAAGUUAUGGUGAUAUAGCUAUUCAUAGAAAACAAUCUGAUUCAACAAUUUUAUAUAUGAAACCUCAAAUUAAUUUUUUUAGAGGUGCUGAUUUACAAAAACAUAAAGAAAUUAAAUAUGACGAGUAUUUUAAAAAAAAUGAGGGUAAUAUAAAUAAAAAAUGUAGAAAAAAUGAUGUUAAAAAAUCUGACAAUGAGUAUGAUGGAGAUGUAGAUGAUGAUGAUGAUAUAAAACAAUCUAUUAUUGGAAAUAGUAGUAGUAUUAGUUUGAUUGGUGAAGCAGCUUUGUCUGAUUCAGAAGUUGAUUAUGAUGGUAGAAAUAAUUCAAAUUUACAGGAAGUUGUUGAACAUGGUGAAUGGAAAUGGGGUGAAAUUCCUAAAACAAAAGAGGAAGAAGCAGCAAAUAAAGAAUUGUUAAGGAAAAAAAAAGGUGUAGAAAAUGAAGUAAAUAAAAAGAAAAAACAAGAUAAAAGACGUAGUGGUUGGAAUUUUUGGCCUUUUAAAAGAGAAGUUGUUGAUGAUAAUAGUGAUGAUGAAAAUCAACGUUCUAAAAGAAUAAAACAAGAUGAAUCAAUAACUGUAGAAGAUCUUCAGGCAUACAUUAAUAAUCCUGAAAAAUAUGAUAAAUAUAUGGGUAGUACUAAAUUUGAGAGUGAUAAAAAACCAAAAAGGGAUGUAUUAGUUAGUGCAACUGAUAGUGGAAAUCAUUCAGCAAUUUUAUCUAAUACAACAUCAACUGUUACUACACCAACUAGUACAGAUGCAAUGUACAUUAAUUUUGAUAGUGAUGGUGGUAAAAAUUUAGGAAGUUUAAGUGAUGGUAUUUAUGAUGAUGAUAUUAUAACACCAACAGAAGAUAAUAAACAAAUUAUUAAUGCUAAAAAAAUAGAAUUUAGUGGAAAACAAAGAAUUCCAUCUGAUACAAGUAUAUCAUCAUUACCUGACCCAUUUUAUAAGGAUGAAUGUGAUAGUAAAAAUUUUGAUAUUAAUGAUAAAUAUAAUAUAACUGGUAAAAAACAUUUUUCACAAUCACUUCCAAAAGAUGAAAGUCCAUUAUCAUUACGAAUAGAUAUUGAAGGAUCAACAUCUAGUACAAUACCACCUCCAUCACCAUUAUCUCCUCCUCUAUCACCUCCACUUGAGAACAAAUGCAAUAUUUUUAAGCAAACGUUACGUCUAACAUCUUCACAACUUAAAUCAUUAAACCUACACUAUGGUUCAAAUGAAGCUCAUUUUUCUAUAACAACUAAAUAUCAAGGAACUUCUUGGUGUAGUUGUCAUAUUUAUCUUUUUCAUUGGUAUGAUAAAUUAAUAAUAUCUGAUAUUGAUGGAACGAUAACAAAAUCAGAUAUACUUGGACAUGUAAUACCAGCUAUUGGUGGACAAUGGGCACAUUCUGGUGUAACUAAAUUAUAUCAAAGAAUUAAAAAUAACGGUUAUAAAAUGGUAUAUUUAAGUAGUAGAGCUAUAGGACAAAGUUAUACAACUAAAAAUUAUUUAAAAAAUGUUAAUCAAAAUAGUGAAGUUUUACCUGAUGGUCCAGUUUUAUUAUGUCCUGAUAGUAUUAUAACAGCAUUUAGAAGAGAGGUUAUAGAAAGACGUCCUGAAGAAUUUAAAAUAGCUUGCCUUAGUGAUUUAAAAGCAUUAUUUCCAAAAGAAUUAGAAUCCAAUCCAUUUGUUGCCGGUUUUGGAAAUCGUGAUACAGAUGUUAAAUCAUAUCUUGCUGUAGGUAUUCCACAUAAUAAAAUUCUCAUUGUUAAUCCUAAUGGUGACGUUAAAUGUUCUGAUAAAAUGGGUAUCUCUUUUUCAACAAACUAUUCUGCGAUGGCAAUAGAAACUGUUGAUUAUAUGUUUCCACCGUUAAUUAAUGUUGAAGAAAAGAUUAUUGACAAUCCUAAUAUAUCAAAGGAGGAUAAAAAGAAUUUAGAUAAUGACAAUAAGAUAAAUAAUUCUUUAACUGAAGAAAACUCAGAUUUACAAUCGUUAGAAAAUGUAGAAGGAAAGGAUAAUAUAUCAUCUAAAACAUAUGUGUCACCACUUCAAACAUCUUUUAAACAUUCUACAACAUCAAGUUCUUUCACUUUUUGGAGAAUACCACCUAAUACAGACUUAAUUUAA